AUGGCUAUUAUGUCAAAACGUUUAGACGAAGGCACUGAGAUGGAUAUUAUUCGCCUGUUGAAUAUCAACGACGAAGGAAGUUGGUCUAGCGACGGCAAAGAGAUUGUGUGGCAUUUCUGUCAGAUAAUGAUUUGGAAAGAAAUACUGGCAAAGAGAAUGCAAGUGAAAAUCAGAGAAAAGCCCCUGCACAUGACAAAACUCCAAAACGAAGUAACCACGCAUCAUUCAAACAUCAACAACGUCCAAGCAGAUAACAGUUUCCAACAUGGAAAAAAGCCCAUUCGGCAGAAAGUUCAAAACAAUGUUACCACGCACCGUCACAGCAAUAACGUUCAAAAAGCAAAUGGAAUUCAACAAAGAAAACAGUCCAAUUUGCGCUAUUUGUUGCCGUUAGUAGUAUAUGGACCCGAAGGUCCUAAUUCUAUCUACAAUUCGUAUAGAUUUGCUAUCAAUUAUGCUUUGCAACAAAACAGAAGUAUAGUAAAUGUUCCAAUUAAGAUGCCGGACAGGUUACCAGGAUAUAGAUGGUUCAAUGAUACAUUUGAUGCAGAGAUGCUGUCCAGAGUAGUUCCUGUAAAAAACCUGGCAGAUUUCAAAAGAGACUGUGGAAGCGAACUGCCAUUAAAAUCACUCGUGCUUCUGCGACACCGGGUGGUCGAAGACAAUCUUUACUGGCCAAAUAGACGAGAUUUCCUUGAAGAUCUACUCGGUAUCACUCUCCCGAAACAAGAAAAUAAUCACAGUUUCCCUGUAGCGGUUAAGCAAAUUACGGCUUCCGCUGACACCCCUUGUAUACUUGUUACAUUAAUAGAUGCUAGCCGGGUCUAUUCAACGGUUAAAGAUUUUCCUUCAGAUUACCCGAAAAUCGACAAGCAUUUAAUACACACAAAAGAUAUACGACAGUUUGCCAGUAGUCUUGUCAAACAACUAUGUAAUGGAGAACAAUUUGCUGCAUUCCAUUGGAGAAAUAUGGGCGCAGAAAGCUGUGGUAACAUUAAUUUAGAUUCUAUACCAUGCAAAGGAAAGAAGUUAAUAAUGACCAAUAUUCACUAUUUGACUAAUUUGGUGUAUAAGUACCUACAAUCGAAGAAUAUCAAUUGUGUUUAUGUGUCAUCAAAAAAGACGGGAAUGGACAUGGCUGCGGAAUUAAACAAAACUAGAUUAGUAGUUUAUAACAGUAAUUCUCUUAAAGACGGUUUGCUCUCAGUAUCCACUAAACUGAAUGUUACUAUUAAAGAUCCAUACAAAUUGUCUUUGUUGGAGCAAGAGAUAAGUAUAAUGGAAUCAUUUGGACAUAAUGCAAUGGUACAGUCAUCAUGGAUAGUGUUAGUGCCUACACGGAUAACAAUAUUCUGGAUCUCUACUGAACAAGUUUGUAUGUACGCAUUGAUAUCUGCUGCCUUACGACCAUGGAGAGCUGUGAUGAAAGUUAUGUCAACAGCAAAGAAUGGUAGAAAAAUAGAAGUGCAGGAAAGAGUUCCUUUUGCACCCCUACUCUUGACCACAACUCUAACUCUCAUCCCAGCUCCGCAAUCUCCUUUAACUGACUAA